AUGGCUGCCGAAAAGAAGAACACGGGCGCUCGUGUCGCCAAGAUCUUUGGCAUUGACACGAGCCGUCCCGAGGGAUAUGUCCCCGACCUCAACGACGCCGACUACCUCUACGUCGAGCAGGAGCCCACUGUCAAGGAAUACUUCCAGGAGAUCACCCCUUCGCUGGCCCAAGUCGGUCACUACUUUUACCGUCUGUUCCCAUUCCUUAGCUGGAUUGGCAACUACAACCUCACAUGGCUGACCGGCGACUUGAUUGCCGGCAUCACCGUCGGCGCCGUCGUCGUCCCCCAAUCGAUGGCCUAUGCCAAGCUCGCCGCCCUCCCUGUUGAAUAUGGUCUCUACUCCUCCUUUAUGGGUGUAUUGAUCUACUGGUUUUUUGCCACGUCCAAGGAUAUCACCAUUGGCCCUGUCGCAGUCAUGUCCCAGGUCACUGGAAAUGUCGUCCUCGCCGUCGCAGAAAGAGCUCCCGAUAUCCCAGGCCAUGUCGUCGCCUCUGCCCUGGCUCUCAUCACUGGCUGCAUCAUCCUGUUCCUCGGUCUUGCCCGCCUGGGAUGGAUCGUCGAGUUCAUCUCCCUGCCCGCCAUCUGCGCCUUCAUGACUGGCUCCGCCGUCAACAUCUUGGCUGGUCAGGUCCCCAAGCUUAUGGGUAUCCCCAACAUCAACACCCGAGGACGCGGUACUCACUUGGUCAUCAUUGAUACCUUGAAGGGCCUGCCCAACACCGGUAUCGAUGCUGCCCUGGGCCUGACUUCCCUCUUCCUGCUCUAUGCCCUCCGCGCCUUCUGCUCGUUCAUGGCCAAGAAGCAGCCUCACCGUGCCAAGAUGUGGUUCAUCAUCUCGACUCUUCGCACUGCCUUCACCAUCCUCCUGUACACCGGAAUUGCUGCUGGUAUUGUCAUCAAGAAGAAGAACAACAAGUACCUGGAUCUUGUCGGCACCGUCCCCAGUGGCUUCCAGCAUGCAGGUGCCCCCCAGAUCAACACCACUAUCAUCAACGCCUUCGUCAGCGAGCUUCCUGCAGCCGUCAUCGUCAUGCUCAUCGAGCACAUUUCCAUCUCCAAGUCUUUCGGUCGCAUCAACAACUACGUUAUUGACCCGUCGCAGGAGCUCGUCGCCAUUGGAGUCACUAACAUCCUGGCUCCUUUCUUGGGUGCCUACCCUGCCACUGGAUCUUUCUCCCGUACUGCCAUCAAGUCCAAGGCUGGUGUCCGCACCCCAUUUGCUGGUGUCAUCACCGCCAUUGUGGUCUUGCUCGCACUCUAUGCCCUGACAGCCCUCUUCUUCUACAUUCCCAACUCUGCUCUCGCUGCCGUCAUCAUCCACGCCGUCGGUGAUGUCAUCACCCCUCCCCAGACUGUCUUCCAGUUUUGGCGUGUUGCCCCUCAUGAGGUCGUCAUCUUCCUUGCUGGUGUCCUCGUCACUGUGUUCACCAACAUCGAGAAUGGUGUCUACGUCACCAUCUGCACCUCGUUUGUUGUCCUCAUUUGGCGCCUGUUCCUCAGCGAGGGACGCUUCCUGGGCCGCACUCGCGUCCGCACUGUUCGCCAGACCAACAGCGCUCAGGCCUCCAGCUCCGACGGAGAGGGCAAGGCCAAGGAGACUGUCACCGAGGAUGAGAAGGACUUCUCCCUUCGCCCGGGCUUCCUGCCCGUCGAGCAUGAGGAUGGUUCCAACUCGGAGGUCGUGGUCGACAACCCUUACCCCGGUGUUUUCGUCUACCGCUUCGCUGAAGGUUUCAACUACCCCAACGCCUCGCGCUACCUCAACCACCUCACCACUGUCAUCUUCAAGACCACGCGCCGAACCGAUCCUUCUCUCCUCGGAAAGGUUGGCGACCGCCCGUGGAACGCUGCUGGCAAGAGGGGCCAGCUCGAAGACAACAGCCACCUUCCUACGCUUAAGGCUAUCGUGCUUGACUUCUCUGCCGUGAACAACAUCGACGCCACCUCCGUCCAGGCUCUCCUCGACACCCGCAGCCAGCUCGACCGCUACGCCGCACCCGACAAGGUCGAUUGGCACUUUGCCAACAUCACCUCCCGAUGGACCAAGCGCGGUCUGGUCGCCGCCGGCUUCGGCAUCCGCAACGGUCCCCCCGGCCGCACCAUCUUCAGUAUCGCCGAGCUUGGCGGAGCUGACAGCGCCGCCGCCGCAGCCGAGGCUGAGCGACGCAGGGCCGCCGAGCAGCUAAAGGAGAAGCACGCCGACGACAUCGAGAGCAUUGGCGCCGGGUCCAGACGGUCGAGCAACAAGCAGGUGGCGCUCCAGGGACUCAACCGUCCCCUGUUCCACUUUGACCUUCACGAGGCUGUUGAGGCGGCUAUUGCGAACGCGCAGCUGAAGACUCCUUGA